CCAGUAAUCUCCUCGCAAACGCCCAACGACCAAACAACCCCACCGAAACAACUUAAGAACACAAAAACCUAAUACAAUCAUGGCGUCGAACGGUGAAAUGGACAAGCUUGGCAACAACAUCGCCGGCGAGGAGGGGGCAGUGGCGGCGACGGCGGCAGAGCACACCGACAAGUUCGGCAAUGACGUCUCGGACUCUGAGUCUGAGCCCGGUUCCCCAGACCUCGAGCCCCAAUCCGACGACGACCUCGAGAACAUCCCCAAAGAGCUGAAAUCGUCGCUCAAGAAGCCGUCGAUGCACGAGGCUGCGGCGCAGAAACCAUUCCUCCCCGAGCAGCCCGAUGCUGUUAGCCUCGAUCUCACCGAGCUAAACCCUUUGACCCCCCACAUCAUUGCGCGCCAGGCGACCAUCAACAUCGGUACCAUCGGACAUGUGGCCCACGGAAAGAGUACCGUGGUCAAGGCUAUCUCGGGGGUCCAGACCGUCCGGUUCAAGACUGAGUUGGAGCGGAAUAUUACUAUCAAGUUGGGAUAUGCGAACGCGAAGAUCUACAAGUGCGACAACCCCGAGUGCCCCCGGCCUGGUAACUACAGGAGUUACAAGAGUGACAAGGAGAUCGACCCGGAGUGUGAGCGUGAUGGAUGCGGUGGACGUUACCAGCUGUUGCGACAUGUUUCUUUCGUCGACUGCCCUGGUCACGACAUUCUCAUGAGCACCAUGUUGUCUGGCGCCGCCGUCAUGGACGCUGCGCUUCUACUGAUUGCCGGAAACGAAACUUGCCCUCAGCCCCAAACCUCGGAGCAUCUUGCCGCCAUCGAGAUCAUGAAGUUGAACCACAUCAUCAUUCUUCAGAACAAGGUCGACCUGAUGCGUGAGGCCACCGCCGAGGAGCACUACCAGUCCAUCUUGAAGUUCAUCCGAGGAACUGUUGCCGACGGAUCGCCCAUUAUCCCGAUCUCCGCGCAGCUCAAGUACAACAUCGACGCCAUCAACGAGGCCCUCGUCAACAAGAUCCCCGUUCCCUUGAGAGACUUCACUGCCACCCCUCACAUGAUCGUCAUCCGAUCUUUCGAUGUCAACAAGCCUGGUGCCGAAAUUGAGGACCUGAAGGGAGGUGUUGCUGGAGGUUCCAUCCUCACUGGUGUUCUGAAGCUGGGUGAUGAGAUUGAGAUCCGGCCUGGUAUUGUGACGAGGACUGAGGAGGGUAGAAUCCGCUGCAAGCCCAUCUUCAGCAGAAUUGUGUCUCUGUUUGCCGAGACCAAUGACCUGAAGUUCGCCGUCCCUGGUGGUCUUAUUGGUGUUGGUACCCGUGUCGACCCCACUCUCUGCCGUGCCGAUCGUCUGGUCGGUCACGUCCUCGGACUCAAGGGCGAGCUUCCUAACAUCUACACCGACCUGGAAGUCAACUUCUUCCUGCUCCGCCGUCUCCUCGGUGUCAAGACCGCCGACGGAAAGCAGGCCAAGGUCGCCAAGCUUUCCAAGAAUGAGGUUCUCAUGGUCAAUAUCGGAUCGACUGCCACAGGUGCCAAGGUUGUUGCGGCCAAGGCCGAUGUUGCUAAGCUCCAGUUGACCAGUCCCGCUUGUACCAAGGAGGGAGAGAAGAUUGCUCUGUCCCGAAGAAUCGAGAAGCACUGGCGGUUGAUCGGUUGGGCCACUAUUGUGCGGUCUGGAAGCGCUUUAGAUCCAAUGGAGAACUAGAAUUGAUUUUUUUUUUCUUCGUUUCUUUGCGGUUUUCUUUGGGGGAAAGGUCUUGGUUAAAGUACACGGCUUGUUUUGCGAACGGGUUAUGGUACAAGGGGAGGGUCGAUUGGUUCUUUUCGUAAGUUGAGAUCGGUUGAUUUUUACAAAAUGGUACACAUGCUCAGAUGUUGAAUGCGAGAUAUGAAUACACUACGAGCGACGAUCAAAAGGUAUC